UCAGUUCAUUUGCCCUGGGGGAUGAAUUUGGCUUCAUAUCGUUAUUCUCUUUCAUUGGAACAACUGAAUACCAGAGUGCAAACAAAGUGUGUGUGUGCUCUUAUUUAAGAAGGUGCUAUUGCUUUUCUGAUCACAUCAUUUGCAGUCUGAAAUAAACUAAUUUUUUUUUUUUUUUUUUUUUUUUUUGGCGAGGCAGUGAACUGCAUCUCAUGAGCUAUAAAUGAGCAGGGUUGUUUGGUUUUUUUUCAAUUUCUUAAAAUUCUUUUUAACUCCCCCCCCCCCGCCCCGAAGGAGUUAACGGAGGUUUUGGUGUGGUUUUUAUUUCCCCUUCCACCCGGGCAGUGAUCAGUGUGUCCGGCAGGUGGCUGGCAUUCUCCGGCGCUCGCCGGCGGCUCCCCCGGAAUUACCGCAGUCAUUUAAGCAAGCCUGCUCUCAUCAUGGGAAGCAGGGGAAGAAUUGACGUCCAGAAGAUCCUGCCUAUAGGAUCCGAGCCGCCAGCAGAGCCCUGCUUUUCCCUCACUUUAAAUCCAGCUGGCAAGCGCAGGUGCUGAAAGCCGGGAGAGAUUGGCAAUGCAGCAUGACAGCAACUACCAAAAGUUCUUGCUUUUUGUAAUUCCCUUGUUUCAGACUCGAUUCUGCUUGGCAGACCUGAAGCUGGGAAUUUAACAAGCCUCGGUUUUGAAAAUGUCUCCGACUUACUGGUCUUUGAAUUUGAUAAGUGGCCUUCCGGAGCUGAGGAAUACCUAACAGCGAGACAAGUCAAUGAGGAAAAGGCAAGUUUCAGGAUUUAAACUAUGCUAAAUGGUGUUCUCCUUUCACCUUAUGGAAACAGUACUGUUGAGCCAGCUGCAGUUGCUUUUUGGUUGUUUAUUGUCAAGAUGUGUCAGAAAGUAAUAUGACUUUUAAACUCUUCUGACUGUUGAAAGCCAGCAAGCAGCAGCAAAAUUAAAGCAAGAAAUUUAUUUGAGGAUUUUUCGAAGAAGAAAGCUGUCUUCUGAGAAGAACAAAGUAGGACAAUGGCAUCUGGAGAGUGCCUUCUGCUAGACCUAGAAACAGAUAACUUCAUUCUCUACAACAUCUCUGUCAACCAGAGUGCAAACCUCUCCCUGCUUGGUGACGACUGGUUCUACCCAGCGUUCCUCUACGCCAUCCCCACGAUCUACGGGAUCAUCAUUUUGAUAGGCCUUGUUGGCAAUAUUACUUUGAUUAAGAUCUUCUGUACUGUGAAAUCCAUGAGAAAUGUCCCUAAUUUGUUCAUCUCCAGUUUGGCUCUGGGAGACCUGCUGCUUUUAGUGACUUGUGUGCCCGUGGAUGCCAGCAGGUACCUUGCUGACGAGUGGCUGUUCGGCAGAACUGGUUGCAAACUUAUCCCCUUCAUACAGCUCACCUCUGUAGGGGUGUCAGUCUUUACUCUCACUGCUCUCUCAGCUGACAGGUAUAAAGCUAUAGUAAGGCCAAUGGAGAUCCAAGCAUCCCAUGCACUGAUGAAGAUUUGUGUGAGAGCUGCUAUAAUCUGGAUUGUAUCCAUGUUGCUUGCCAUCCCUGAAGCAGUGUUUUCAGAUCUGCACCCUUUCCAUGAUAAAGGGACUAAUAAAACCUUCGUCAGCUGUGCUCCUUACCCGCAUUCUGAUGGGCUGCAUCCCAAAAUUCACUCGAUGGCAUCAUUUCUCAUCUUUUAUGUCAUUCCCCUGUCUGUCAUUUCAGUAUAUUAUUAUUUCAUUGCUAAGAAUUUGAUUCGGAGCGCUUACAACAUCCCCGUGGAAGGAAACGUGCAUGUGAGGAAACAGAUUGAAUCCCGUAAGCGCCUGGCCAGGACAGUACUGGUCUUUGUGUGCCUCUUUGCCUUCUGCUGGCUUCCCACUCAUGUAAUUUAUUUAUACCGGUCCUACCACUACUCAGAGGUGGACACCUCAGUGCUGCAUUUCAUUUCCAGCAUUUGUGCUCGGAUCCUGGCAUUCACUAACUCUUGUGUCAACCCAUUUGCUCUCUACUUGCUCAGCAAGAGCUUUCGGAAACAGUUCAACAACCAGCUCUUCUGCUGCAGAGCUCGCCUCCUCAUCCGGUCCCAGAGCAUGGCCAGGAGCACCACGCGAAUGACCUCCCUCAAGAGCACCAACCAUUCCCUGGCCACCUUCAGCCUUAUCAACGGCAACCACGUCUGCCAUGAAGGCUAUGUCUAAAGGGCACAGUCAGGGACUGCCGCAUCAUAUACCUGGUGCAGCUGCUUGGUUUUGCUCCGUGGGGAUGAUGAGUAGCCCACGCACGCACACACACAUGCACACAAGUGUGCGAGGCAGUCUGAUGUGCUCAGAGAACUUAGAGGAGCUUGAAGCAUCCAACAUUUCUUCCUGGCUGAGGCAUCACCGGAGCAGCAGAUCAUUGAGCACCAGCCCACAGGAUCUCCCUGGGAAGUGCUGUGUUGCUUCAAGACCCACUGCUUUUAAUGACAGCAAAGUGAGCAUCUUAAGAUCAAAUCUAGUUUGGCUCUGCAGGUUCUUCAUCGCUUUCUGCUCAAUCCCGAACUCAGGCAGACUUACAGCAGUGACAAAGACCAUAUCAGGUGCACAAAAUUUGUCAGAACAUUUGCAUCCAGCAGUCAUGGUAUUAUAUGUUUUGACACCAAAAUAAAUCCAUUUAAAUAAGGUAAAUACUUUUACAAAGGAGUUCAGUGUAGGUCAUUUACAGACUUUUCAAGUAUUUAUUAAUGUUCUGACUACAGUAUUAAUUCAUGGUAUAAAAGAUAUCAAGAGUUUACUGGGGCACGUUGGUGGCCCCAUCUGAAAUGAGCAGUGUCUUGCACAACAUCAAUGUGAAAGCAGUAACGUGAAUAAAUGUGAGUUGGAAUAUG